CGGUGUAAUAUUUCACACUGUGCACACCUAACAACAAACCCUUGUUAAAGUGUCUUCAGCAGUUAUUUUGGGCAAACUUUUAAAUAAUACAAUUUAAAAUUCUCCCGUUGUUUGCUGUCAGUUUAAACGCCCCAGAGGAUAACCAGACAUCUUAAUAUUUGCUGAAGGAUUUUCGUGGCUGUUGAUGGAGGAGGAGCAGAAUCCGAGUGCUGGAGACGGAGGAGAGCAACUUGGACAGACUGAAGAGGUUAAAAAGGAGACGCUGACAGAAGACGCAGGUCCAGAUGCAGAAGAGGAAGAUGAGGAUUCUCUUCCGCAUUCAGAAAUUUUGGAUAUUUUCGAGGAGGGACUUGCCCAACUGGUUCAGGAUCCUUUACUAUGUGAUCUGCCAAUCCAGGUGACUCUAGAAGAGGUGAAUUCUCAGAUUGCUUUGGAGUACGGCCAGGCAAUGACUGUGAAGGUUGCAAAGGCAGAUGGGGAAAUUAUGCCCAUAGUAGUGGUGCAAAAUGCAACUGUCCUUGAUCUGAAGAAGGCCAUUCGCAGAUUCAUGGAGCUGAAACAGCAGCGAGAAGGUGGAGUGAAACAUGUCAGCUGGAGAUAUGUUUGGAGAACUUAUCAUCUAGUAUUUCAGGGUGAGAAGCUUGAAGAUGACACAAUGAGACUUAAAGAUUAUGGGAUCAGGAACAGAGACGAGGUGACGUUCAUGAAGAGACUUAAGAAGAAGUGACAGAACCAACAUUUGCCACAUCAGGGGAAAAAAUCUUCUCAAUUCCUGUGGAGUGUAUCAGUCAAACCAGUUUUAUGGACUUGACAAUGAUAUUUUUUUAUCUAUUUCAACACUUCAUAAAUAUUGUUUAUAUAAACUGUUGCAUUUCCAAAAAGGAUUUUUGUCAUUACUAUUUCCUGAGACCAUAUCUUUCUAGAACAUUUCUUUUAAAUAAAUAAAAAAUCUUUGGAAUAAA